CGGAUCUGAGCUUCCAAGGCUGCGUGCAAGACAGGCGGUCACCUGGUUGUUGACGUCAGCGCGGGGCUGAGAGCCUCUAGGGUUUUAACCCGCGUCUCCUGCUACGCGCAGGCGCCCGAAAGGAAGACUUGGCAUGCUUCGGCCAAUGAGAGCGCGUUCUGCGACUCCUCUCUAGCCAGCCUCCGCAGCCGGCGCAGAAGGACGGGUGGAGCGGAACGCACCCAGCUGAGAUUUCGAGGGCGGGAGGCCGAGAAAGCACUGCGGCAAUUAAUGGAUGCCUGGAAGUUGACCUACAUAUAUAUCCAGAAAUGUUUUGCCACCUGAGACCUAUGAGGAGGUUGUGUCUAGGGAAGAUAUUUCCAUACUGGUUUCUCUGCUCAAGAGCUUUAUCAGGAGCUGAAGCAGUAAAUGCCUUAAGACCAUUCUACUUUGCUGUACAUCCAGAUUUCUUUGGACAGCACCCAAGGGAAAGGGAAGUCAAUGAAAAUUCUCUUAAGAGGUUAAGUGCCUACUUAGAAAAUCUCCAGAAACCAGGCUCCAAGUCUUUGAAACCAACUCAGCUUAUGUUUUAUGUAAGAGAAACAGACCAGAAUUCCUCUGAGGGCCAGGAACACUUCACCACUUCUGGAUUUCGAGCAGUCAAAUUUACUUUGCACACCAGAGAUCUGCUAAGCACAGUAUUAUAUAUUCUCAACUCCUGCAGUUUAUCUGUUGAACAUAUCCAAAGCUCGAAUACUAAUGUGCAUUCCCAGCCUCUCAAGAAGGCCCAAAGGAUGUCUGACAGGCCCAUCAAAUGGGACAAGUCCUACUACUCCUUUACUGGAUUCAAAGACCCUGAUGAAGACCUCGAGCAAGUCUGGAGAAUGGAAACAACCCUCACAUCCUGGUUAGAUAACAAUGGAAAGAGUGCAGUUAAAAAGCUGAAGAAUAGUUUGCCACUUAGAAAAGAACUCAGUCGUUUAAAAGAUGAACUGUCCCAUCAACUGGAGCUCUCAGAUAUCAGGUGGCAGAGGAGCUGGGGCAUCGCCCAUCGCUGCAGCCAGCUGCACAGUUUAGGCCGCUUAGCCCAGCAGAACUUGGAAACACUUAAAAAUGCAAAAGGAUGUACAAUAAUAUUUACAGACCGGUCCGGGAUGAGUGCAGUGGGCCAUGUGAUGCUAGGAACAAUGGAUGUCCAUCAUCACUGGACAAAACUUUUUGAGAGAUUACCGAGUUAUUUUGACCUGCAGAGGAGGCUGAUGCUUUUGGAAGAUCAAAUAAGCUAUCUUCUGGGUGGCAUCCAAGUUGUUUAUAUUGAAGAGUUACAGCCAGUGUUGACACUUGAAGAAUACUACUCUCUUCUUGACGUGUUCUAUAAUAGACUUUCGAAAAGUCGAAUACCUUUUCACCCUCGAAGUCUGCGUGGUUUACAAAUGAUCCUUAACAGUGACAGAUAUGCUCCAAGCCUGCAUGAACUGGGCCAUUUUAACAUCCCGACCCUCUGCGACCUAGCCAACCUCCAGUGGUUUAUUCUCACCAAAGCCCAACAGGCGAGAGAGAACAUGAAGCGAAAAGAAGAGUUGAAGGUCAUGGAACACGAACUGAUGCAGGCUUCGACGAAGAAAUUUUCUCUGGAGAAGUUUUAUAAGGAGCCCAGUGUUUCUAGUAUGCAAAUGGUGGAUUGUUGUCAGAGACUUCUAGAGCAGUCACUGCCUUACCUGCAGGGGAUGCACCUCUGCGUUUCCCACUUUUACUCUGUUAUGCAAGAUGGAGCUUGCAUUCCUUGGAAUUGGAAGAGUGGAGAAGCCAUUAAAUAACACAGAAAUCUGUAUUCCUUUUUAAAGAGAUAAACUUAAGAGUUUUUCUUAUUUAAAUCCACAAUUUGAUAAAACAGUAUUAUUUACAUGUUACAAGAACAAAGUUUCUAACAGCUGCUUUAAAAGCAGGCUUUUUUUUUUUUUUUUUUUAAGUAAUUUCUGUUAGGAAACUCUUUUUAAAAAGGUUUUAUCUCCCAAUCUUAUGGCAUGUCUUAUCUGAUUGGCAAGACUGAGUGAAAAGAUGCUACAAUGAAAGAACAUAUUUGUAGUGGUACGAAAAUGGGGGAUUCUACAGGGUUCAAGACAUACAUUGUUUUCUCUUUUUUUUUGUCUUUUUAGGGCUGUACCCAAAGCAUAUGGAGGUUCCCAGGCUAGGGGUCGAGUCUACAGCUGCCACCCUACGCCACAGCCACAGCAACUUAGAAUCAGAGCCAUAUCUGCAACCUGCACCACAACUCCUGGUGAUGCCAGAUGCUUAACCCACUGAGCAAGGUCAGGGGUCAAACCUGCAUCCUCAUGGAUGCUAGUCAGAUUUGUUUCUGCUACGCCACGACAGGAACUCCUAUAUUUUUAUUUUCUGUCGAGUGAAUGUUGCUAAGUGUAAACAGAUCUCAUUCAGUAUAGCUCUGAAGUCAUGAAACUCAUUUCCACAUGGAACACAAUUCAACAUGCAGCGUAACACAUCAUACAUGUCAAUACACAUGUAUUUUACAGCCAGUUAUGGACAGUUUCAGUCCAAAACAGAUGAUUGAUGGGUAGUAAAUUUUUAACCGAAUUUUACCUAAAGAGCAACUAAAUGGGGAGAAGGCAACUGAAUGAAUAUGAGACUAACAUCACAAGCCCUCUAAUAGAGUUUUUUAAAGUGUCUACAGUGACAGAAGAGUUGAAGUUUUCCUACUUAUUAAGAUAUUUUUAUUAUUGGUAGCCUGUAACCAACAGACAAUGAAUUUUUUGUGACUCACUGAAUGAGGUGAAUAAUUUUUCAUGGACAAACGCUAUCCAGGAAAAUCCUUGUUCCCGAAGAGUUCCAGCAAAUGAAGUCAAGUUUAAAAUGAUUCAGACCACUCAGGAUCUCUGACCCCCUUCUAACCUCGGUCUUCCAAUCAUUGGAAUGCUGAUUAAAGCCCCUCUGAGUCACCCCCCAUCCAUAAUUGUGUGAACUUUCCUGGAGCCCUAACACAGCCCAGCCCCAAGCUCUCUAAACACAGGGCUUCUCUCUCUACUGGUAUUUCCCUUAGGAUAAUAUUUUAUUUUUAUUUAUUUAUUUUUUUUUUGUCUUUUUACCGUUUCUUGGGCCGCUCCCUCAGCAUAUGGAGGUUCCCAGGCUAGGGGUCGAAUUGGAGCUGUAGACGCCAGCCUAAUGCCACAGCCACAGCAACACUAGAUCCAAGCCAAGUCUGUGAUCUACACCACAACUCACGGUAAUGCCAGAUCCUUAACCCACUGAGCAAAGCCAGGAUCGAACCCUCAAUCUCGUGGUUCCUCGUCGGAAUCGUUAACCACUGAGCCACGACAGGAACUCCAAUAUUUUAAACCAUAUCCAAAACUUCAGCUUGUUUCUCAAGAGGACAAGGUGAAUCCAAGUUUGGGACACCAUUUUUGAGGCUCUUACUGCUGAAGAAAUAAGAAUUUUUUCCCUAGUGUAUUAGAAAGGAGGGGAGAUGUUAACCAUUUUUGAAGCAUGUUUUAAAAAUUUAUUGAAAGCUAAUUAUUUAAAUGGUUGAAAAACAAAUGUGUGUUCUAUUAAGUAUUGAUUUGUUGUAAUUAUAGUUUUGUGAAUAUCAUCCCUUUUAACCUGUGCCUAACACUGUAUGUAAUUUUUUUCUCUAAUGUGAAAAUGUUGCCUGUAAAGAUUUCCCAGAGCCAAAUGCUGAGAAUAAAAAAUUCUUUAAAGGUUAUGUAAGAAAAUUUAUUGGAAAAUUAGAUUUGGAUUAUGCCAUUUCUAAAAUCAACUAAUACAGAAUCAUCAUAAUGUUUUGAAUUGGACUUUGUCUCACAAUUGUUACAUAAUAAAUAUGUCACUCAGAUCAUU